AUGGAUUUCCAUCAAGUAACGGCCGAGUCAAUUCAAAAAAUAUUUAUUUAUUUAUUCAUAUGGUUCUCCAGGAGGUGCGCCGUAGCAGGCACCGACUACGACCACUCGAUGCUCGAGAGCGACGCCGACGUCAGCGUCCUGGUCAACCAGGCGCUGGUGCGCGACCUGCAAAGAGAAUGCGCCCUGUCGGACCAGGUGCACAGCGCCAGGUCGGCGGACAGCGCCAGGAUCCAGGAAUUCCUCAUGCUGUUGGCCGUGUGCAACACGGUGGUGUGCGCCAGGCAUCCCCACCAUGACAUCAUGAAUGCCAGCGGAAUCGUAGAAGACCCCAAAAAUUUUGAGAGAAUAGACUCGAACCGCAGCGAGCAAAGCUCGUCCAGUACCAACAGCCAGUCACUGCCCACUGACGAAAAAUACGCUUGUCUGGAAACGGACACCCCUUCCCCUAUUCUAAACACGUUCGGCUACGACAGGAGGUACAUCCCCACUACGCUUACCCCUAUCGAUUCGGUAGAAUCUUCUACGUCCGAGUACUUCCAAAACGAACAACAAUCGAUACAACGACCCAAACUGCUCGAUAUCCCGUCGAUAAUCUACAAGAAAGACAGCAACCUGACUGACGAGCAAAAGGCCAGACUGAAUCGGGACGUUUCUAAUACCUCUUCACCUUUUGAACUGAAACCCAUCUUCGAGGCAGAGAGCCCUGACGAACUUGCUCUAGUGGAUGCCGCGUAUAUCUACGGCUGCAGGUUGGUGAAGAGAACUCCUACUGCGGUGACGGUAGAAACUCCAGAGUUGGUGAAGAUGACCUAUGACAUUUUGAAUGUUUUGCCCUUUGAUUCGACGCGGAAGAGGAUGAGCGUCAUCGUGAGGCAUCCGUAUACCAAGCAGAUCAUUUUGUAUACGAAAGGAGCAGACUCGGCGAUAUUGCCACAUCUCACGCCUGUCGAGGACGAUUCCGAACAGAAGUUGUUCAUCACGAAGACCGACCAGCACCUCAACUGCUAUGCCAGGGAAGGCCUGAGGGUGCUGGUGAUGGCCAAAAGGGUCGUCGCCCAACAUCAGUACGACGAGUGGCUCAAAAAGCACCACGAGGCCGAAUUGAGCAAUCACAACAUGGAGAAGAGGAUGCAAGAAAGCUACUCGAGCAUCGAAUGCAAUUUCACGUUAUUGGGGGCGACUGGUAUUGAAGACAGACUACAAGAAGGAGUGCCGGAAACGAUUUCGAGUCUCAUAUCAGCCGGCAUCAAAUUUUGGGUACUCACCGGUGACAAACCGGAAACGGCCAUUAAUGUCGCUUAUUCCGCCAAACUCUUCUCCCCCCAAAUGGAGCUGAUCAAGAUCAUGGCGAGAUCGAAAGAAGCGGCAGAAGCUACCAUCUAUUUUUAUUUGUCUCAGAUCGAACGGUCGCUCGGUCAUGAAGAGACCGACACAGAAAUGAGGCCUGUAGGUGGUAGUGGAGACAAUAACAGAUAUUCGAUUUCCAAUGAAAUAAGUCGGGAAAGAGCCCUAGCUGUCGACGGCAAAACUCUAACCUUCAUUCUCGACAGGAGAACGAACUUAACCAAGCCGUUCUUGAAGCUCACUGAGUACUGCAGCUCGGUUUUGUGUUGCAGAGCUACACCUCUUCAGAAAGCAUAUAUUGUCAGAGUAGUAAAGGAGGAGAUGAAGAUGCGAACAUUGGCGAUCGGCGACGGCGCCAACGACGUCUCGAUGAUCCAGACAGCGGACGUCGGCAUCGGCAUUUCGGGCCAGGAGGGCAUGCAGGCCGUCAUGGCGGCCGAUUUCGCCAUCACCAGGUUCAAGUACCUGAGGGCGAUGCUGCUGGCUCACGGUCACUGGAGCUACGACCGGCUGUCGCGGAUGGUGUUGUAUUUCUUCUACAAGAACGCGGCCUUUGUUUUCCUAUGUUUCUGGUUCCAGUUUUACUGCGGUUUUUCUGGGACAGUGAUGAUCGACCAAAUGUAUCUCAUGCUUUAUAAUCUACUAUUUACCUCUCUACCUCCAGUAGCUAUUGGCGUCUACGACAAAGACGCCCCCUACGACAUCCUCCUCGACAAGCCCUACCUCUACGUGCGCGGCCGGCUCAACCAGGUGUACAAACCGUACGCAUUCUGGCUGACCAUGCUCGACGCCCUCUACCAGAGCGUGUGCAUCUUCUGGGUGUGCCAGCUGGGGUACGCCGACACCGACGUCGACGUCUUCGAGUUCGGCACUGUGUCUACUACGGCGUGCAUGUUCGUGAUGCUGUGCCACGCCUCCAUCGAGAUACGAUCAUGGACCAUCAUUCAAGUCGCUUCCAUAGUUCUCUCCGUCGGAGCCUUCUACCUCUAUUCUCUCUUAUACAACGCCUACUGCGUAAAUUGCUUCGGAUUGCCUAGCACCUACUGGACAAUUCAGAUGGCCAUGACCAGGCCCAUUUAUUGGUUGGUAACGCUGUUAUCGUGUGUCCUUGCCCUAAUCCCGCGGUUAAUGUACAGAGUGGGUCAGACACUUCUAGUUGCAGACGAGGUCACUAAAGUAAUUCUUAAUCAGCGAAGGGUUAACAGAAGAGAAUCAACUGUCAGGGGUCUCAGAAUCACGCUUUAA